UCGAAGAGCGUUCUUCCAGUUGCGCGUCACAACUUUCUUAGCACUGUCAGUGAGCGACGAUAAUAUAUUAUUCUUCACCUAACAAGCUUUAAUAAAGAGCGUGGGUAGCACGAGAAUUCAUAAUCUUGAAAGUCCUUACAAGAUCAAAAUUCAGUCCCAUCUGAGGCAAAGGUAGAAUGACGUUAUUUGAAAAUUUGCCCAACAUCCUUAAUGAAUAACUUAACGAGAGGAGAAUCAAGUGUGCGUCCAGCUGUUUCCUGUUGAAAACGUCAAUGUAAUGUGGAUAAAUGCUGGGGAUUUUCUUCGUGAAUCCGUUUCCAGCUGCCCAAACCUCACUUCACCGAAACGAUGCUGCGCUAUGGAGCAUAGACGGAAUAUUGAGGUGUGAAUCUCAGCAUCUUCUGCGCGGGAUUUUUAAUGCCUUGAAAUAAAUUCAUAUUUCUUGGGGUUUGACAGAAGGAUACCCGUGGGGAUGUCUAACGGUUAUAUCUUUCAGUGGUUAUGCCAUGUCUUCAAGUGUAAGAUGGGCUGCUGCUGGUAUAGCCACACCCUCUCCCUGGUAUUCUGCAUCCUUACCCUGUCCCCGGCGGUGAAGGCGGGACCUGAGACCCUCUGUGGGGCGGAGCUGGUGGACACUCUGCAGUUUGUGUGUGGCGACAGAGGUUUCUAUGUCAGUAGGAGCCCAGGCUACGGCUCGACCUCCCGCCGCUCGCACAGUCGCGGCGGCAUCGUGGAUGAGUGCUGCUUCCAGAGCUGCGAGCUGCGGCGGCUGGAGAUGUACUGCGCUCCCGCCAAGCCGGGCAAGGCCGCGCGCUCCGUCCGCGCCCAGCGGCACGCCCACGCGCCCAAGGGCCCCAAGAAACACAUUUCCUGUAGCAGUUCUCCGUCGUGUAAGGAGGCGCACCAGAAGAACUCCAGCCGGGGAAACGCGGGCAGCAGGAACUAUCGGAUAUAAGGGAGACAAACGAGAGACGCACAGUCAGACAACGAGGACGGACAGGUGGACUUAGGAAGGGGGUGUGGCCUCAGCUGGUUCUGUUGUUGAGCUGCUGGCUGGUGGGAGAAGACUCGAAUUGAGAGAGAUGAUGAUUUAAACCCUGCAACAGGGCGAGAGGGAAUUUUCUGGGGAUUUUACACAACACUGUAUCGUACAAACUGGGAGACAACUAGGGGCCCUUAACCAUGUGUGCCCCAGGCUGUGCCUGUCCAAAAUGCCAAACUAGUGUUGCUGCUGAAACAUGAGAUAUCGGGUGUAUUUGUGACCUCCCUGUGGAGAUAUAGCACACCCCCCCCCCACCCCCCCCACCCCCAAUGUGGCACAGAGCUUCCUGUGUGACCCUGUUGCAGUCGUCUCGCCUGACGAGAUGAAUUUAGCUUGAAGGCGAAAGUGAUGCACAGUACAUAUCUAAUGCUUGCAUCUGCAUCAAAUGGCCAAGUUGUACCCUGACUGAGUGCAGCAUUGGUCAGCUUGCACUAUAUUAAGCAAGCAAAAUUCACCCGGUUUUUUUUUUUUUUUGUUUGUUUGGUUUUUUUUUGUACAAUUACCUAUCAUUCCUCAUGAAAAUUCUUAUGGUUCCCAGUCAUAAUUCCAUGUGGAAUUUCUUCUCCUUCUCAAUGGAAAUGCUUCCCAAUGGUUUCUGAUUAAAAAUUAGGCCUGUGUUUGGAGGGACAUAGAUUACUACAGAUGAUUCAUAGAAUAGCUAAGCAUCCCCCCCCCCCCCCCCCCCCCCCCACCAAAGCUCAAUGGCAGUAUAGCUAUCACUGCUCUAAUGGCAGAAUAGAGGUUGGCUGAACCAAUAAUAACGAUGCUGUUAGAGAGGUGUGAACCAAGUGAACAUUCUGUAUUGUGCGUGUGCUUCAGACAUUUACCAUUCAUAAAAUAAUGAAGGUACUCCAUUUUGUGCUAGUUAGGCAACACGGCAUAAUGCUUGCACGGAUGGUGGCCCGCAGGACCUGGAGUUGAUUAGCCCUGCUAUACGCCAUAUACUGCCGGCCAGCUGCAUGUGGUGUACAGGUCACAAGUGUUCAUAUGCUGUAGCUAUCUGUAAUCCCAUUGGCCAAGUGAUGUUAUCGAUGUUUGCGUGGAGCAUGCCUCCAGGUUUGGUUGAGAGGGCAGACAGACUACUGACAUGCACUGUCCAGUUGUGCCUAGCAAGCUCUGUGAGCCAAUAUAUAAACACUGACCUGCCUGCCAGAUAGACUUUCUGGACUGUUUGUUUACUGCGUGAGUGAGAAACCCCUUUUUUUAAACCAUAUUUGUACAUUCCUAUUUUCCAAGAAUGUAUUGUUCGCUCAUUAACAAUCAACAAUUGCAAAAGGGGGGAAUUAAGUGAACAAACCUUUUUUUUAAAAAGCGUUUUUCGAAAGCUUAAAGAGCCUUUGUGUGCGUUUACGCAGGGUUUAUAACCUCGGUUAGAACGUUAGCAGGAUAUCACAGGAAACUGGAAAGAACAGUCUGUGUUUUUGGGUGCUCAGCUCUGGGGAGAGGGCACACCGUGUCUCCGGAGGACUCCAGGGGGUCCGACCUGAAGACAGAUAUCAGCGUGGAGCCGUGGUAAUGACUGUAACCAGAUCCCAGGGUUCCUGGGAAUAGCCACCCAGAGACAGAUGGGUAAUGAUUAAUUCAGUUUGGCCUGGCCUGUUCUGUUCUGUUAGCAUUGGGAGGAACCUUUGCUUUUUUGGACCGCGCGAUUUUUCAUCAGGAAAAUGAGAAGGGGGGGGGAUAAAGAGAAAUGCUGUUAAAUUGCACGGCAAAAGGUCUGCACGUACACACACCGCCCAGAACACGGUGUUCACCUCAAACAAACACAUAAGCGCUGCUUGCGCUCCAGAAGCCAGGACGCGCAGACCCACGUUCGGCUGUGUAGAGCGCGCGCGCCGUGUGCGGGUUCAUACAUUGCGAGAUAAUCCCUGUUCUGAGAAUUGCCGCGGUCGCGUCGGUCCGCCCCGGUUUCAGAAUGUUUGUCCUGGUUUUGCUCAAUCUCCAAUACCGGGAAGCACGUGAAGCCAAAGCGACCUGGAGAACCCACCGUGAGGCUAUAUAAAAUAGCACGCGAUCACGCAUCGCUGUGUAAACAUCGCAUCGCAUCGUCCCCGUCUGGAUCUCGUCACUGUCGCUUCACGUCACAUUCCUCGUCGAUAACAUCAUCGUUAUGUCAUCACAUCACGUUGCGCCGCACUAUCCACACCUCGACUGUAUAUAACCCAACUAGUGUACUCCGACGGAAUUUAUUUUAUCAUGCAUUGUUCUACUGUCAUUCAUUAUAUGUGAUAGUAUCAUAUAGCAAAAAAUCAUGUGCAGAAAUUUUACCCCGUAUAAUGGUGCUAUAUAGUGUGUUAUAUGCAAGGGCUGGCUAAAGUUCUGAAAAAAAUGAGAUGCUGGAUGCUUUUGCACAGAUUUGUGGCUGUGACUGUUAAUAGUUUUUUAAAUAAUUUUUUUCUUAUUUGUAAACUAUUUCAAUCAGCUAUUUGUGAGUCAGCAGAUGUUUCAAAUCUGAAUCGAUUUUUUGGAAUCACAUCUGAUGUGGUCCCACAAAGGUUCAUUGUUUUUCAGUUUUUUCUACUGUUUGUAAUGUAAAUUAUUAUAAUUAUCAUUGUUAGGCCUAUUAUUAUUAUUAUUCAAGUUUUUGAUCCCUAUGCCAAAUGACUUGACAAACGAGAACUGUGAAGUUUUACUUUCCAUUAUUAUUUAGAUAUUCAAAGUCCUUGUGCACUUUUGUCUAUACCUGCAACACAUUUACUGCAUGAAUCAGAAAUCCCAAGUUUUGACUUAAUUGUACAUAAUGUGCACAUGCACAAUGUCGCAUGUUCUGCUACAUCUGUUUGCCAUGAAAGGCUUGGCUGGCUGGACUCUACUCACCAGUCACCCCUGCCAACGAAAGAACAAUAAAGACACGCUUUCCGAAAUCGUUUCCCAUGAUCCCAGCACAUUGUUCUGCAAAGUGCCAGCAAAGCACUGUAAAAUGACCUGUUAUUCAUUACAUCACAGUAUUCAAGAUCAGUGCUGGGUAAGGAGCUGGUCUUGUGACCGAAAGGUCACAGGUUCUAUUCCCAGGUAGGACACUGCCGUUGUACCCGUGAGCAACUUAACUGCCAUUGCUUCAGUAUAUAUCCAGCUGUAUAAAUGGAUGUUAUGUAAAUGCUAUGUAACAAGUUGUGUACGUCGCUCUGGAUAAGAGCAUCUGCUAAAUGCCUGUAAUGUAAUAUAAUGUAAUGUCUAUUUACAAGUGCUUUGUGAUCAAUCAGAUUAUUACUACUGUCAAAGUCAUUGAUCAUUUUAAUGAAAGUUUUUGAAACGUU